UAUUAGUAAAUGUUACUACAAAAUUCCUGAACAAUUUCACCAUGAAGGAGAUAUGAUGAUUGGUGCAUUUUUCCCUCUUCAUACUUUUUACACCGAAAAGAAAAGGCCACAUUCAGCUAAACCAUAUCAAUACUUGGACAAUUAUGUACAGUAUAAUUUUAAGAACUACCAGUAUAUUCUGGCUAUGCUAUUUGCCAUUGAGGAGAUCAAUGGGAACCCCUAUAUUUUACCCAACAUAUCUCUUGGAUUUGAUUUCUACAAUACCAAAUACACUGAAAAGGACACUCUUGUGUUUACUUGUCUUUGGCUCACAGCCCAUGUAGAGAGAAAGGUUUUACCUAAUUACAAUUGUAAAAAGAGAAACUUCACUGCUGCACUCACAGGAACAUCAUGGAUAACAUCUGCCCAAAUUGGGACAUUGCUUCAACUCUUUAAAUUUCCACAGAUUAGUUUUGGACCUUAUGAUACAAUCUUGAGUGACCAUGGCCAGUAUUCUUCUCUCUACCAGAUGGCCUCCAAAGACACAUCUCUUACACUUGCCAUUGUUUCUUUGAUGGUUCAUUUUAGGUGGUCAUGGGUUGGUCUCAUCCUCCCCGAUAACCACAAAGGAAAUAAAAUUCUAUCAGAUUUUAGGGAGAAGAUGGAGAGAAACAGAAUCUGCGUAGCUUUUGUAAAAAUGAUUCCAGCCACAUGGACUGCAUAUUUUAUCAGAUUCUGGGAAAAUAUGGAAGAUACAAAUGUAAUAAUUAUUUAUGGUGACAUUGAUUCUCUAGAAGGUCUAAUGAGAAAUAUUGGGCAAAGGAUAUUGACAUGGAUUGUCUGGAUCAUGAACAUUGAACAUACUAUUACUUAUGAUAAUGAUUAUUUCAUGUUAGACUCAUUCCAUGGAAGCCUAAUUUUUAGGCAAAAUUAUAGAGAGAAUUUUGAAUUUACCAAAUUUAUUCAAACAGUUAAUCCUAAUAAAUACCCAGAAGACAUUUAUCUUCCUAAGAUGUGGAAUUUCUUCUUCAAGUGCUCAUUUUCUGACACUAGUUGUCAUGUUUUGGACAAAUGUCAAACCAAUGCUUCUUUGGAUCUAUUACCUAGACACAUAUUUGAUGUUGUCAUGAGUGAAGAGAGCACAAAUAUUUACAAUGGUGUAUAUGCUCUGGCUCACAGCCUCCAUCAGAUGAGACUUCAGCUACUUCAAAUGCAACCAUUUGAAAAUGGAGAGGGAAUGGUGUUCUUUCCAUGGCAGCUUAACACUUUCCUGAAGGACAUUGAAAUGAGAGACAAAAGGAAUUUAGAAUGGAGACAGACAAAAGAUUCAGGAUAUGACAUUCUUAACAUUUGGAAUUUACCAAAGGGUCUUGGACUAAAAGUGAAAAUAGGAUCCUUUUCUGCAAAUGCUCCCCAGGGUCAACAGUUGUCUUUAUCUGAACAGAUGAUUCAAUGGCCAGAAAUAUUUUCAGAGAUCCCUCAGUCUGUGUGCAGUGAGAGUUGUAGGCCUGGAUUCAGAACAGUAACCCAGCAAGGCAAGGCCAUCUGCUGCUACAAGUGCACUCCUUGUGCAGACAAUGAGAUUUCUAAUGAGACAG